AAAAGAAAGUCAGAGUCAGAGUACUGCAAGACUCAAGCAAUUACUAUUCUUUUAAAUGGGUUACAUUAUCUAAAAAAAAUUGAUAAACAUGAACAUGCUCCUCAAACCAGCAGUGGUGAAAUUGCUCAAGUUGUUGCUUGUAUCAAACAACAAGCUUGGGAUACACAAGAUGCUCCCUCUAAAAUAAUUCAAAAUAAUAUUGCCACUAUUCCAAAAAAUCUUUCUCCUUAUAUGCCCACACAAGAGGCUUUCUGA